AUGGGUAUGAAGUUAGCUCCGCAGCCUCACCGGUUUAAGACCCACUUCUUGCUUGGUCGAAUCAUCAAGACCUCCGCAACCGAGUUGUUCUGUUUGCUGUUCCGUUCCAUUCUCCACAAGGUGAUUUGUAUGAAACGACCGAGUGCAAUUGACAUUAUACAGCGCAGCGACAUGUAUCAUCAUCAGAGAAAGAAAGGGGUUACUACUGAACAGCGAGACUCUAUCAAUGCGAUCAAUGUGUGGACUAUCCAUGUAAAACUGCCCUCGCUCGCCAAAUAUCGUGAAGCGAGACCUUUACACACCACAGCCCAAGUUGCGCUUAGCUUCAAGUACCCACCGCGAUCAAUCGCUACACCUCCCUUCCCUUUCGAACACAGUAGCCCCAAAAUGAUAAUCAAAAAGUCCCGCAUGAAUAACUCAUCGAUCAUGUCAUCACACACCCCACACAUGAACAUCAAACUUAAACGAGAAAACACCGUCAGUGUGCAGAAAAGCACUGCCUGGCAGACUGCGGGACCGAUACAGUCACGGCAGAAAACCCGAUUCUGAUUCGCUCCUUUCUCUGGUUUUUUUGCACACACCGGGGGUGACAAGUGCAGGGAUGGUUGGGGUUGGGGGACGUUGCGUGGCUGUGCUUGCCCCGGGCAUUUUGUGUUGCUUGGAGUACGGAGGAAGGCUUCAGCCACAGCUCUU